UAUGGCGGCAUCCGGGUACGGCAUGAAGAGGACAGCGUCCCAAAGUUUUGACCCUUGUUCCGGUGACGGUGGGUCGCCAGUGGCUCAACGGCAACGCCUAAAAGACGAAGAGCGCGACCGCGACAGCCCGCCCAAGGACCAAUCCCCGAGAAAAAGACAUCCCAAAGACGAUUUUUUUUGGGUCAUAUCUUAUCAAGAGAGAGCAUUUUUAACAAAACUCCUGGUCGAAUCAAAGCAGCUUAAGCCAACCAGUGCCCCAGCCUUUGAUGCAAGUGCCACACCAAAGCAAGUGAAGUUCUUAACUCGUCUCCCAGAUCAAGAUCAAGCACAAUUGCCACCCCCAGUCUGCACAACUUUCGAUUUUAGAGUCAAACUUUUUGAUAUUAAACUAACUGCUUUCGAGCUUCAAGUGAAAAGGGCAUGUGGAGAUGCAUUUAACUUCGAGCUGACAGUUGAUGAUAAAGAUUGGGACAACAUUUUCAGCAUAAUCAAAGAAACAGAUUACACCCUUUCGUCAAAUGGAUGGCGCUCAACAAAUCCUGGAAUUUUACCUUCUAGGUACAAGGAUACACCGAAACACCUAUACUCAAUGGCUCACAGUCUGGAUCGUGCAUUAUUUGUCAACAUGGGUAAUGGAGAGGCUAAGAAGUUCAUUGACCAUUUACUGAAAAGCAUACAAAUCCUUGCAAAUGUUCCUGAUAGUGACAUUGUGUAUCAUGAGAGUCCAGUGAAUAAUUCAUACACGAAUGGUAAAGUCCAGUUAGUAGACGUGAAUGACGACCUCACAUGGGAUGAUGAUGAUCCAAACUCUCUGGAGUUAAGGCGCUCGAGGUCGCGUGCAGCAUCUACCUUAAGUGAUUCUGCAGAUUCGGUGAUAUGUGAUUCACAGGUUCAUCGAAAAGUUCCGGAUCAUAUUUGGUACUUGCACGAAUAUCCAGGUUACUUUGUUCUUAACGUAGAGUGCAAGCCCUUUCAUAGUUACAGUGCAAGGGUACAGUGCAUUCAUCAAAUGUUAACACAAAUGCAUUUUCAGAAUUCUGCAUUUGGCCUUCUGAUCUCUAAACAAGCUUGGACUCUAAUUUUCAUUAGAAAAAGUGGUGAGGCACUGGUAAUGAAUGAGAUAACCGAGGACUUCGAAGAUAGCGAUCAGAAGUUUAUUGUUGAAAACCUGAAGUUGUUGUGCUCUUGGCUGUACAGGAUCCUAGAUUACAGAAUGAAAUGUCAAGCUGGCUAGGUACAUUUUAACGGUACUGUUAACCCCCACAAUCUUUGCUAUGUGCGAUUAUUUGCUGACAAAAAUGUUUGCUCUAUUGCAACUUCUGUAAAAUCUUUUUUCAUAGGCUCACCUUGUCAGCCUAUGCGAUGACGUCGUCAGUCGUCGUCGUCCAUUAGCAUGUCACAUUGCAUAAGUCAAGUGCUAAAGGCAACUACAAAACUCGAACUUAGGGUUUUUGAUUUUGACCAACCUUGCAAGGUCACAGAGGUUAAAGUUCGCUAAGUCACCAAACGGGCAGCACGUUUAGUUUUUGAGCUAGAAGGUUCUAAACCAAUGUGGACAUGUAUCUAGCGACCCUGUAAUCUACCCCUAAAAUUUGGUGUGUGGACAUCAAAUAUGGCUGCAGGGCGGCCAUCUUGAAAAUUGAACUACAUGUAAGUCAACUCUUAUUACUGGUGAAAUUUUCUGAAAUUCUUGUGGUAGAGGUUUACAUGUAUUCAUCGCUCGCAUAUCCGCUGGUCUCUAACUAUAUAGACUGCCCCUCAAAUGUGGUGGACCCAUCAGUAUAUUAUGCAUGUACAUAAGUGUUAGUCAUGGAUAUUGUAUUCAUUUGAACAAUCAAUUCCCGUCCAGAGGUGAAAUAGAAUGAAUUAAGAAUGAACUGUUGAUGUACUACAAGAAAGUAAGAUUGAACUGAUGAUUUAAUUUAUUCUGAACUAAGAAUGAACUGAAGAUUUAAAAUGAACUAAGAAUGAUGUCAAGAUUUGCAUGAACAAUUUAAGAAUGUACUGAUGAUGUACAAUAAACUAUUAGAAUGAACUGAUUAUUUACAAUGAGCUGAGAAUAAACUGAUGAUUCAGAAUAAACUAUCAAGAAUGAACUGAUGAUGUACAUUGAACUAGGAAUGAACUGAUGCUUUGCAAUUAACUAAGAAUGGACUGAUGACCUCGCGAGAGUCAAAAUCCUGAACUCCUGAAAUCCUGAAUACCAAAUGACUCGGAGUCUGGACUUGGCACAAAUUGCCCAGAGUUCAGGAUUUUGCAAUGAACUAUUUCAGAAUGAACUGAUGAUGUACAAUAAACUAUUAGAAUGAACCGAUUAUUUACAAUGAGCUGAGAAUAAACUGAUGAUUCAAUUGUAAUAGCGGUUAUUGCUUCCACGAUAAAAAUGUUUAUGGUAGGGACCCCUAGAAAGGAUGCAUCACUUGUCUUGAAGAUAUUGGAUUUGACCUCCUUUUAGGCCGGAGCCAUCAUCACUGAAGACUAAGCUAUGGGGAACAGCCGAAGACCUGCAACAAACAGCCGAUUUUGUCGCGGCGCACAACUUGAGGUUGUGAUGGUUAUUAAAAAUCUGAACGCAGAAGAAGAAGACCUCCUUUUCAAGGUCACAGAGGUCAAAUGGCUAGAGUUGGCUGUUAAAGGCCCGUCUCCAUUAGAGUGUUUUUACUCGUCUUUCGACAUUGCGUUAAAAACAUUUCAACGCGGCAGCGACUUAUAACGUGUCGUAACAUAAAUUGUCUGCACCAUUUCACUGACAAACUAUGAAAUCCAAAAUAUGCCUUUCAUGAUUGAAGUGAAUGCUUGUUAUUUGUUAAUAAGGAAUAGUUUUCAGCGGCGAUAAGAAUAUUUUCUUCGUUUUAUGUCGCUGUUUGAACUGCAGAACUGGUGUGGUGGAGUCUUGCAUGCAUUCACAUUCAUACAUUAGUCUAGAUAAAGUGUGUCAUGGAGGUGUGUCUGCCAGACUACCGCGUGAUUGGUUGGCCUAGUUGAUAUCUGUGUCAAUUCGUUGUUUUUGCGACGGCCAGUAUAGAUGAAAUAUCCGCAUAAGUUAUGACUUGGCAUAGUGGGUAUAAGCGACGGAACUUUUGAAGUAUGGUGCGACAGGUUUUGUACAUUGCUGCUGCUUUGCCAUGUUUGCAGCACACUUUUUGGCUCACGUGUGAGCCUAUGGGAUAGUGCGUCAUCGUUGUCGUAGUAAAAACAUUGGCGUUGUUAAACAUUGGUUUUGUUACCGCUAAAACUACUGAACUCAAACUUGGUACAAAUGUGCCCCUGGGUGACAGCUAUUUCGAGACUGAAUCGUGGCCUCGUAUGAUUCUUGGUUUUGCAACUAGGGGGCCAAAUGUCCAAAGUUAAAAUGCUUGAUUGCUCGUUUAAUAGUGGUCCGAUUUUCAUAAGGUUUUAAUGGUGGGUACUUCCAUUCAGGGUUUUUGAUUUGACCUACUUUUAUUUAGUUUUAAAUGUCACAGAGGUCAAAGUUUUCUGGUGGCAACGCCAUUUUACAAUGACGGCACGUUUUGUAACUGCUUUAGCUACAGAUCCCUAACUUAGCACAAAUGUACCCCUUGGUGACCCCUACUCAUGGACUGAACUGCGGUCUUUUAUAGUUCACAGUCACAGUUUGGUCACCAGGGGGCCAAACAUCCAAAGUUAAAAUGUUUGAUUACUCGCUCAUUACUGGUGUGAUUUUCACGAGAUUUUUAUGGUAGGUACUUCCAGCAAGGGUUUACGCAUAACCAGCGAGUUUUGUGGCCAACUUUUCAAGGUCACAGAGGUCAGAAUCACCAAACGGUAGCCUGUUUCAUUUCUAUUUGAGUUUUAAACUGGGAGUGAGUUCUAAGUUACCGUAUUUAUGUGCAUUUUAGCGCAUGCGUUUAUAAACGAAAAUCGCUUGUUUUAGGGUAUAUUUUCAGCCUUCAGUUUUCCCUAUUUACGGCAUGCUUUGUUCACUCAAAGCGCACAUACCACGGGAGCAUCGGGAGGUGUUGUUGAUCCUGGCGAUAAUUUAUGAACAUUGUACUUAAUUAACAAACAAAAUUAAAGAAAAAACGGUUGUAAAACAGAUACAUCUUUGCUUAAUAGAAAUCUUUGAACUGCGAAUACGAUUCUUACUUUAGGCGAUUUUUUAAGGUGAUUCUAAGGUGUCAUUUUUGUUCAAUUAUAAGCGCACUGCGCUUAUAACCGAAUUUAAGCGCACCCUGAAUAUAAGCGCAGUGCGCUUAAAUGCGCAUAAAUACGGUAAUCUAAACCAGUGUGAACAUGUAUCUAGGGACCUUCUCAACCCCUAAAUUCUGCCCUAUUGCUCUUAGUCUGACCGAAAAAAGAUACACAAAGUGCUUUACCAAUGUCCUUAACAGUGCCGUAAGCAAAACCUUUUUGAACCGACACAUGAGCACAUGGUCCAUGUACCAUUUCAUUGAUGAAAGUAAAAUGAGAAGGUUGGGCUGUGUGAAGGGAGUGGAUAUAAACCUUACUUAGUCAGAGUAUAUCCGCUGUUUCUUCGCUUCUGAAAUGAAAUGAGUCCUUUGCUUCUGGCAUGUCUGGUACACACGAAGGAAUUAAAACGAAUGACAUAUUUUCUACCUAUAGAUCUGUAUAUGAGUUUAUUAAAUUGAUAAUUGACAUUGAUUGUUAUGCCGGUACUUGUUGUCCUCAAUAAACAUUGUGAAUCAGUUGAAUUCUCAGGAGGUUCAAUCAAUUCUCUGGUUGAGUACACAUGUUAGUUGGUAAAAUGACGUGCAAGGCCAAGGGGAUUUUUUCAGACUACAGUGGCAGGUCACGGCAGCCAAUAUGAAGUCAUUUAUUCAUCUUGGUGUCAUUUUUGCGAAAGGGGUGUUUUUGAUAAUUGGCUGAAUUUUGUCUUCCAUAUGGGUGAGAAUGAAUGGGGAUAAUUUUCAUUUCCAUAUGGGGUGAAAAUACCUAGACUUGGUCUCCAUAUGGGUUACUUUUUAAAAUUGACCGACGAGCAUGUGUACCCAGGUCACCAUAUGAGUGAACCCCCUGAGGCUUAAUUUUUCAGGCUUCCCCUCUUCAGGGCUCUCAAUUACACAGAACACAGGAUGUUUAAUGUUGUCAGCGGUCGGCGCCCAAAUUAAGGGUAGGUAAAAAAAUGAAAAAUGUGUUUUUUAAUAAUUUUUUUGAGGGGUUUAUCAGUCAUGUAAUUGCAUCUGGAGGUAAAAAACUUGUCAAAUUUUCGUCGCGAUUCACGCUAAUUUUGCCCAAGACACAACGCAAAAAAAAGGGUAAAUACUAGUAGGCCCGAAUUUUAAAAAACAGGGUGUGUCCCAAAUUAUGUAAUUGAGAGGCCUGCUCUGUCAAUAUAACCCGAUAUGGUCGCCUGAGUUUCAUAGAUGGGACUUGGGAAUGCACCACUUAAAUGUCUUACUUAAGAAAGUUUCACCUGAAAAAUAGACCACUUCUUAUUAACAGACCUUGUUUUUUUAAUUGAAAAUACAUUACUUACAAGUUCAGCGUUUGCCACCUGAAACAAAUACUGCAGCAGGAAAAGUUAUUGCAUCUCAAGAUUCCUAAAGAAUAUGACAAGAUAUAUCAAAUUGAAGAAAAAAAUUGCAACUUUCGUGCAACAGCUCUUAGUUGCACACAAAAGUUUAGCACAUUCUCCUUGCAGUUGCACUCUAUUUUAUUUGUAAGUGUUGCCACCAGGUGCAACAGAAAAUGCAAUAUUCAACAUUUUCUAUUGAAUUCUGAUGUCAGAAGUUUACUGACUAUAUACUGUAUGUAGCUUAUAGGUAUGAAAUAAAAUGCUUUCAGGUCGUUCAUACUCCAGUCCUGUUUCGUUGAAAAGCUUUAUGACAUUCAUAUACUAAAUGUCUGACUGAAUAUUUUUUUGCAGUGCUCUCUUCCAUGCAAACCAUUUCAACUACAUUAGUCUGGGAGUUGAGCAACUUUUAUUUAUCAUGGAACCAACAAGUGAUUCGAAUGUGUGGUGUAAUGUCUGGUUACUGUAGUGAGUGUGUUAAAUAAAAGUCACUUUGCUCCCACACUUAAUGUUUGCUUGAUUUACUAAAUAUAAGCAAAUUAGCAUCUGAAAGCUUUGCACCCAAAACAGUCAGAAGGAGUUGUGCGCAGAAAUUGAUUUUACAAUUGCAUGUACAUGCAUGUCAACAUUCAUUUUUUUGCAAACAAAAAAAUUACAAGUUCUUUAUUUGCAAACAUUUCAGUAAAAAAAAUACACAGUGACAAAUCAAGUCCUUCUGACUUUAUUACAUGUUGGCCUAAUUUUAAAAUAGGCUAAUAUAAUGUACAUAUUUCUACAAACAAAAAAGUUACCUUGGCAUUUUUUGUAAAAAUGGCUUACUUCGGUGAAAACACACUCUCAGUUGAUCAACAGGUGAAACAUCAAUUAAUCAAGUCUUUAUGACUGUCUUACAUGUACGGUACCUAAUACAGUACAUAUGCAUGUCUAAUCUACUAUUUUACCAAUAAUUGAUUCUAAUCCAUUAUUUUACAUUUUACCAAUCUCGAACCCAGGGGUUUACUAUUGAUACCCUGCAGACACCUCUGUUGGCAUCUUGCCAUAUGUUGCUAAGUGCCAUUUCGGUUAAGAGACGAACAAUUCUCAUAUAAUUUAGUGUCCGACUGAUUUUAUCGCACCUACUCAAUUCUUGGUGCGACUGGCUAUGUUAUAUUUGAUGAGGUUGAAAAUGUAAGCAAAAUUACAUAAGCACAUGCUCUUCUGAUUGCCAAAAUAUCUUUUUGUGUGGUUUUAGCGUCAGAAUUCAAAUAGUGUUAUAAUAAGUUCACCAUAGUCAUUUGAAAUUAUACCGGAAAAGAGAGGAUUGUUUAUUUUUUUAAAAACCACUAUGUUGUUCCAGUGGUGCUGUGGGAACGUACAUGUAUAUGCCAGUGGUUUAGUGAAAAAAUACGCACUCUAUCAAUUGUUCAAACCACAAAUGAAUCCAGUUUUUUGAGUAUAUAAUAUUUUAUGUACAGUCCAGCCAAAAAAUACACAUUUCUUGUUGGAAUAGUGGCUGGCAUAUUUCAGUGAAAAAAUAAGCACUUGAUCAGUUGGUCAACCACGAAUGAAUCCAGUCUUUCUCAGUUUCUGAUUAAACAGGUAUCUCAAAAAAGGUAAUCCUGACUGAAUGGGUUAAUACGGGCAGCUGAUUCCAUACUGACCACUCAAUUUUGUUAAUAUCGGACCUUAGACCAACCAAGAUAUCACUGGAAAGCAUGUUGCUUCUACAUUAUGGUGCUUCAUGCCUGUUGGUAAGAAGCAACCAUCCUGCCCGUAUUAACCUCUUCUAUCAGGAUUACCUUUUUUGAUACACCCUGUAUACAUUACGGGCCUCUCAAUAUCCUGCCCGUAUUAACCCCUUCUAUCAGAAUUGCCUUUUUUUGAUACACCCUGUAUACAUUACGGGCCUCUCAAUAUGUCAAUCUCAAAUCAAGGCAAACGCCAUUCCUUAUAAGUUUGAUAUUGGACAAUUUCCAAUUUCGAAAAUACGCACUGAAUUAAAACUUCAGCAUUACCGUUGUGUAGACUGAUUUACAAACACCGUAACUACCAAGUUUCAGCAAAAUCCAACGCUUAAUAACUGCAUUACGGCAUUGUGUACAGGUGGAUUUCUAUUUAAUUCGACCACGAUUAAAUCGAAUGGUCUACCCCUUUGAAGGUCUCGAGCGCCCAAAUUUGAACAAUGACCCAAAAUUGUGAAGUGUAUACUAUUGUAAAACAAAGCCAUGAAAUAUUUAGAUAAUAAACCUUGCUUUU